AUGACGAUGGCUAUUGCAGGCAUCUACAACGGAUCCUACUUCGCGGAGGAUCUCUGCCUCAAGAACACAGUGCCGCGCUUCGUCUAUCGGGCUCUCCGCGAGGAUGAGGACACUCUCGCUGGACUGCGGGCUCGUGAUCCCAGUGCCGAGCGCAUCAUGAUGCAGGCACUUGAGGAAGGGGCAGUUGCAAAUCAGUAUCUGCACACCACCACAUGCCCGGAAGUGGCACUCUACUAUGCAGAGGCUUUUGGGAAGAAUUCGAAGCACCAGAUCGUGGAGAUUGAGCUGGAAGGUUUCAACGGCGAGGUCUUCGAUGUUUCAGACGCCCAGGCUUGCAAUCGCUACGGAAUCCGAUACGGUAGCCGAGCAUACAAUUUUGCUGUGAAGCACAAAGUUGUGAUGCUCAAAGGUUAUGUGCACCCCAGUCGGUUGGGAGAGGUUUUGCGAACAUCAGACUUGAGCCUUCUGUCCUUCGGCACCGGACCCUCAUGCGACGACUUUACAUCGAUGCUGCCCCUCUUCGUGCGACGGCAACUCUGCGACUGGAGACGAGGACCACCCAGGGCCACUUGCAGGAAGCCUGAAGCGCGCAAGUCACAGCAUCAGGCCUUGUGCGAUGAUGAUAGCAUUCAGGGCAGAGUGCUGGACCAAGCUGCUGAGAAGCUGGAGGCAAAGAUAGCCAAGCUCCAAGCUCAGAGGUGCCUCGUGAAGUUACUGUCGGAGCCGAUCAAGGAACGCCAGAGGCGUGAGACACAACGCCAGGAAGACUUGAAGCGGAAGCGCGAGGAGGAGCAACAACUCGAGGAAGAGCGGCAGAAAAGGCUGAAGAGGGAGGAGGCAGAAGAGCGUCAAGCAGAGCUGCGUGGGCCGAGGAUUUGGGCCCGCUGUUUCUGCCGGGAUCAUGUCCUUCAAAAUUUUGACCGCCAUGCCUCGCAGGUGGCCCUAGGCAGCAACAGCUACAUCAUUUUGUGGGACCGUGCCAAGGGCCAUCGCUGGAAAGGCAUUCCAAGGGAGCUCGCAAACAAGCUCAAAGGUCGCGCAAAAGAGCUGCCACAUGCGACACUGGUUGCAUUAAGCCCGGAUUCCGAUUGCUACUAUGUGCAGUUCAGUGACGGGAAGUCUCACUAUCGUUCCCCACCUGGGCUCGUCACGGCCCUGCAAGAAGACUCCGAGACCCCUUCAGUGGUGGCCUUAGGUCCAGAGAGCUCAUGGUUUGUUGCGUGGCCAAAUGGGAAAAGCAAUCACCAUGGAUUGCCGAAAAGCCUCCGCAACAUGCUGUCCUCAAACAAGGAUCGGUCUGUUGCGUUUCUCAGUAUUUCGGGCGUGGAUUGUGAUCAAGAUGUAGAUGCUGCGGUAUGGUUCCUCCGCUGGCGGGACGAAGGGCGAAAGCCAAAUUGGAGGCUUAGUAGGAAUGCGCCGUCAUCCCUACAGCAAACUGCAGAAAACGCCUGCAAUUUGCGAAGCAUCGAGUUUGGUAGCAGUGACGACUGGGUUCUUCGUUAUGCAGACUGA